AUGGUCGUUUCACAUCCAAAUUCUGUCAGUCAUCCGCCUCUCGACGGAUCCCUGUUCCUCCCUGAAUUACUGGAAUUCAAUGCGCAAUAUAACUCGGACGUCGCAUUCUUUGUUUAUAACACACUUGGCAACAACGACCUGGUCUCCAUCUCACACCUAGACUUCUAUCGAGCUUGUCAUCGUGCUGCACAUGAAGUUAGACCGGAUCGUGCAGGCACAGACAAAGAGGUGACAGUAUUUGUGGGUAUCAUCUUCGCUGGGCUAGUCCCAUUCCCCAUGUCACCUCGUAGUUCAGCGGCGGCAGUCUUAAGCAUGAUGCAAGAAACAAAGUGUCGUCGCUUAGUUACCACUCAUCACUCUCUCGGUUCCCUGAUCGACGAAGUUAAAUCGGGUAGCGUAUCUCGUGGCACUGAAGCAAGCCAGCUGCAGUGUGAUGAGAUGCCAGCGCUGAAAGAUUUAUAUCCCACGCUUGGCACAGGUUCUCUAGACGAGGAUUUUCUCCCAUACCCUCCCAAAGCUUUUCGGGUUUCUCAGAACGAUAUAUUAUACUACCUACAUUCAUCUGGCAGCACUGGUUUCCCGAAAGCCAUUCCGACAACCAACCAGACUGUCAUCGACUGGUGCACAAGCCCAUGCAUUGUCGAUCACAUCGGCGUUCUCACCCCUUUUCGUAUCGCUGCUGCAUCCAUUCCAACGUUCCACACCUCGGGCGUGGUGGUCCAAGUGCUAAUACCUAUUGUGUCCUUGAGCAGUGUAUCUAUUUACCCGCCCACGUCUUUCCACGACCCAUCAGCGGCCCCUUUAACACCCAAUUCCCAAAAUAUCCUAGAGUCAGUGCUUAAGACCAGAUCGAAUGCUUUGUGGGUCAUGCCUUUCUUCCUGGAGCAAUUGGCGUUUUCUCCCAAUACUAUUAAUAUUUUGAAGAAUCUUGAAUAUGUUCUCUAUACCGGCGGUCCACUCGCCUCUAAGACGGGAAAUGCCCUGGUGGAUGCAGGAAUCAAUCUCUUCCCUAUUUACGGCUCUACAGAAAUUGGGCCCGUCACUCCUAUAUUCCGGGAUGGGAUCGAGAAAAAGCUUUGGGACUGGCUGCGCUUUAUUCCAAACAUCAAGACCAGAUGGGUUCAUCAGGAUGAUGAAACAUAUGAAUGCCAAAUUUUGACAACUCCGAUGUACCGAGUGUCAGUAGAGAAUCUCCCGGACGUCAAGGGUUAUGCCACUUCAGAUUUAUUUAUCAAGCAUCCAACGAUCGAGGGUCUGUGGAAGAUCUCAGGAAGGAAGGAUGAUGUAUUGAUACUUUCGUUCGGGGAGAAAGUAGUACCAGCUCCCAUGGAAUGCAUCAUCGGAACCAACCCAUAUGUGAACGGCGCCGUCAUCUUUGGCCGUGGACGUAGCCACGUUGGCGUUCUCAUAGAGCCACGAGCGGGUCAUGAAAUCGACAUCAACGACGAGGUACGGGUUUCGGAGUUCAGGAAUCGAGUUUGGCCCGAGAUAGAGGAAGCGAACAAGACGGGCCCUGCCUUCAGCAGAAUCUUCAAGGAAAUGGUUCUUGUGACGUGCAGGGAAAAGCCCAUGCCUCGAGCUGGAAAAGGGACCAUCGCUAAGAAAGCCGCUAGCCGAAUAUACGAAGAGGAGAUCAAUGCCCUAUACGACAAGGUGGAGGGCGGAAGAACAGGCAUCGUUGUGCCUUUACCCACGAACUGGACUGUGGAGGACGUUGAGAGUUGGCUUAUGCUCCUUGCCGUUUCUGUGAACGCUGGCAAGGCGGUCGAUCCUGACACAGACUUCUUUGCUCAAGGCUUUGACAGUCUUUCUGCGACAUUCCUCAGAAGCCAAAUCAUCAGUUCUCUCAGGUCGUCAUCAGAUCGCAACGUCCAGGCUUCAGCACCCCAAAUUCAUCAGAACUUCAUCUUUUUAAGCCCUUCGAUUCGCCAGCUCGCAAGAAGCAUCCUCCAUGCAGUAUUGCAUGGGAACAGUCCAACCUCGGUCGAUCUCAAGGUUGAGCUCCAGAGCAUGAUCGAGAAGUAUUCGGUGGGGUUCGAUGGAGAUUCUGUCAGAAAUGCCUCCACCACACUUGUUAAUAGACGCAGUCGAAGCAACCAUGUGGUCAUCCUGACUGGUUCCACGGGCGGCCUUGGUUCAUACCUGCUUGCAUCUUUGCUACAGCGCGAGGACGUGUCAGUGGUAUAUGCCUUCAAUCGUUCGUCUACAGGCGCUGCAUCCAUUCAAGAACGACAGAAGAAUGGAUUCGACGACCGUGGCUUGGAUGUCACCCUCCUGCAGUCAGAGAAAUUGUUGUAUAUAGAAACGGAUACUUCUAGUGAUGACCUGGGUUUGGAAAAGGAGUUGUAUCAGAAGAUCUGCACAUCCGUCACUGUCAUCAUUCACAACGCCUGGCCACUCAACUUUAACCUGGCGCUGUCGUCCUUCGAGCCUCAAGUUCGGGGAACACGCAAUCUCAUAAUCCUGGCUCUAUCUUCUCUGUGGCAUCCGAGGCCGCAUUUUUUAUUCACCUCUUCUGUCUCAACUGCGCAAAACUGGGAUAAGUCGAAAGGACCUUUCCCAGAAGAAGUACAGUACGACGCGAGCGUCGCAGAAGGCCUUGGGUAUGGCGCGAGCAAAUACGUUUGUGAAAUGGUCCUCGUGAACAGUAACUUGCCAGCAUCCCUAUUCAGAAUCGGACAAAUAGCGGGAGGACCUCCACGAGGAGCUUGGUCGACAACGGACUGGUUGCCGAUCAUCGUCAAGUCGAGUGUAAGUUUGGGUGUAUUCCCGGAAGCCCGAGGGCUCCUGUCGUGGAUUCCUACUCACGCCGUAUCAAACGCCAUUCUUGAUGUGGCUUUCGCAGAAGAAGAGCCUUCUAUCGCGGUGAAUCUGGUACAUCCGAGACCGGUAGCGUGGGGGGCGCUGAUGCGACCUGUUGCGGACGCCAUCUUUGAGCGCAGGAUCACAAGCGUCCCGCUUCCUCUCAUCCCAUUCUCGGAGUGGUUUGAAAAGGUCGAAUUGGGUGCCAAGAACGCAAGCGAGGCAAAUAUCAAACGCAUCCCUGCUAUCAAGCUUCUCGACUUUAUGCGUUUGAUGUCUCGAUCGGAUAUCGCAAUCAGAGCGUCUGGGGAGAUGUACUCAGAAGUAGGUGGUUUUGCCUCGUUCGCGACUGAUGUGGCCCAGUGUGUCAGUCUGACGGUGAAAGAGUUGGAGCCUCUGUCAUCGGCGACUGCAAUGCAAUGGGUAGACUAUUGGGAGGCGGUGGGAAUGUUUCGAUGAAUGAUUGCUUUAAGUUUGGAUCCUGUUGGGCCAUUCAUAUUUCUAGAUUUUUUGAGACGACACUGUACAACAGAUAUGCAGAGGAGCGUUUGGC